AAAGUUAUUAAAGGAACUCUGAUAUUCAAAAGAAUUCUCCCAUAACAGUCUUGCAAAUUUGUGAAAAUACAAAUCAUACUUGAAUCCCUUUGCCUAUAGUUAUUGCUCUGCUUUGCUGUGAUUCCUUAACCAAUAAUUGUAGCAUGUCUGUAAAUAUGAGGCUCACUGAGUCUGGGUGCUUGGCCCCCAAAAAUGCUGCUUGCAGCUUUAUUAUUAUUAUUAUUAUUAUUAUUAUUAUUAUUAUUAUUAUUAUUAUUAUUAAUAGUAGUAGUAGUAGUAGUAGUAGUAGUAGUAGUAGUAGUAUUGUUUUUUUAUUGCUAAUGAAUUUGGGAUUUCACUAUAACAUAUAAACAUGGCCUGGACUAGUGGGACUCAGCAUGGUUAUAUAGUGAACACUAUAGAGGUUGGUAAUACAAAGAACACAAUAACUAGAUGCAUGUUUAUAGUUUAAUGUCAAACGUUGAAUGUCGUGCAGCCCGUGUGGAUUGCUCCUCUGACUCGAUGAACAUUGCCAUCCGUAAAUCCUACCUGGACUCACUGGGAUUCAGCUGGUACGACCUUUAUCUUGAUGACCAUCGCUGCAGAGCUUCAACUGACAACUACUAUGUCACCUUCAACUUCCGUCUCCAUAGCUGCAGCACCGGGAGAACGACCGAGAAUGGACGUAUUAUCUACACCAAUAAUGUGCGAGCAGCUCAGCCAACGUCGGGUGAGAUCACCCAACAUGAUACAGUUUUCCCGUUGGUUGUGAAAUGUGUGAUGGAGCAUGAUUCUUCAGUCGAGAUUCUUUAUGAGGCCAAAGAGAUUACAAAUGCAGCUAUCAGUGGAACGGGUCGGUUCAACACCACCAUGGCCUUUUACCCAUCCAGCAGCUUUUACUACCCCAUCACCGAUUCCCCGUACCGAGUGAACCUCAAUCAGCAACUGUACGUGCAGGUGCAGCUAACCCCAGCCGAACCAAGCCUCCAUCUGUUCAUGGACUCCUGUGUGGCCUCGCCAAACCACAACUACAGCAGCCGCACCUAUGACCUUAUACGCAAUGGCUGUCAGAGAGACAACACGGUAAACAUAUACAGAAAUGGAAAUCGUUACUUCGCUCAGUUCAGCUUCAGCGCAUUCAAGUUCCUGAGCACACACAACCAGGUGUUCCUCAAGUGUGAUGUCAUUAUCUGCCCUGACAACGACUACAACUCACGAUGUCGCCAAGGAUGCAGUUAUCGCAGGAAACGAAGCACUAGCUCUGAUCACCACACUGAGGUCCUCAUCCUUGGGCCAAUCACACUCAAAGGUCCAGAGGAGGCUGAGGCCAAGACGGAGGACAAGGAGUGAACUCACACUGACUGGUUAAUUAAUCAUUUAAAUAUAGUUAACACUGAAUAAAUUUGCUAAUAGCUUGUUGAGCAAUCUCUCUUUCUUAAAUACUCACCUGUUGAUUUUUGGGGGAGAUUUAAACUGUGUUUUUGACCUAAAUUUAGAACCGUCUAAUCCCCGUAAUCUGAAUCAAUCUGCUAUGUCUAAAACAUUUUCCGAUUCUAUGUGUCAGAACGGUUUUGUUGAUCCCUGGAGAUUCCGUAACCCCUCUCUAAAAAAGUUUUCUUUCUUCUCCCAGGUGUAUCAUUCCUAUUCGAUUAUUUUUUUAUAGACAGCACUCUUGAUUCGUGUGUAGUUUCUUCUGACUAUCUGGGUAUUGUAAUUUCUGAUCACGCUCCUCUACAAUUAGAUAUUCAUCUUUCCAUUUAUAAACUUAUCCCAUCACCUUGGAGAUUUAAUUUUCUUCUUUUGGCAGACACAGACACUUCCUACUUAAAUUUUUGUGCCUGUGGUUGGGUUUUAAAAUAUCUAUAUAACCAGCGAUAGUUAUUGGAUAGCCAUGAUGAGCCGGUGGGGGGGUGUGUUUUCGGUGAUUGUACUUUUUCAUUUUGUUUUCCUUUGUUUGCAUAAAAAGAAAAAAACUGUGAAUUAAUUUAAUACAAUGCUGAUCUAAAAUAUAAUAAUUACAAGACAGCACAGGAUGAGGUAAAACUCUAGAACCAGCUAAAAUACAGUAGUGGCAAUUGUGAAAGUAGACAAAACAUGUCAAUGCUUUGAAGGAUGUGAAUUGGAACAGAAUAAUGUUAUUCAAUUGCGAAUCUGUUUUUAGAGGAUUUAAACCUAACAUGGUGAACAAAUUAUAUUAUACAAUUCACGCAAUUUGACUGGGGUUAUCUCAUGUAGUGUGGCAAGUAAUAAUCUGGAAAGACCUUUGUAAUAUCACAGUCUAAAACUGGAUUUAAAGAGAAGCAAAUCAGUAAAUGAAUCACAUGAAAAUGAAUCACAUGAAAAUGAAUCACAUGUAAAUGAAUAAAUAAAUAUGGGAAGAAAAAAAAAAACACUGAAUAAUUUGACUAACCUUCCUCUAUUAAAGCAUUAUCUAAAGGCAAGCUGGUGUGGUGUCAUUGG